GCAGCCAAUGGGGAGGCGGGGGGCGUGGCCGCGGCGGGACUUGCCCGGGCAUGUGCCGCGGCGGCUUCCGGGCCGGACACGUGUGACACAGCGGGAGCGGAAUGCCACCAGGCAAAGGACAGAUGACCCCGCUGCUGCCCGCCCCCAAGGGCUCCGCGCCCACCCUGCAGGGCUCCCAUGGCGGCUGCGCUCCGGCCCCCAAGGGUCCCGGCUCGCCGCAGGGUCGCAGCAAGAAGAGGAGCCGUAAGCACCAGCGGUUCAUGGCUCGUCGGGCAGUGCUGGAGCAGAGGGGGCUGCUGAGCCCCCACAGGCAGCCGGGCAGCGAGACCCCCGAGGCGGGGCUGGCGGCACACCCUGAACUCACCAAGGCACAUGGCACCGCGGCACCGCGCUGUGACCGGGUCCCCAAGCCCCAGCAGACCGUGUCCUCAUCCCUGCCUCCAUCUGCCUCUCCAGACAGCAUAGCCAGGCACCACUCCGUGCUGCUGUCCCAGGGGAAUGGCAGCGCCAAGAGGAUGCAGAUGUCCUCCCUGGUCCUGCGGCCGGGCAAGUACGUGGCCAUCGACUGUGAGAUGGUGGGCACGGGUCCUCAGGGUAAGGUGAGCGAGCUGGCACGCUGCUCCGUGGUGAACUACGAGGGGGACGUCAUCUAUGACAAGUACGUCCGGCCCGAGCUCCCCAUCGUGGACUACCGGACACGCUGGAGUGGCAUCACCAAGCAGCACAUGAAGAAUGCAAUUCCCUUCAAGGCUGCCCAGGCUGAGAUCCUGAAGAUCUUGAAAGACAAGAUUGUGGUAGGGCACGCCAUCCACAAUGACUUCCAAGCCCUGAAGUACUUCCACCCGAAAGACAGGACUCGAGACACCAGCCAGAGCCCUGCACUGAAGAAGAGGGCAGGGCUGCCCAUCAGAACCAAUGUCUCCCUCAAGAACUUGGCCAGGCACCUGCUCCAUAAAAAUAUCCAGGUGGGCCGCAAAGGACACUCGUCGGUGGAGGACGCCCAGACAGCCAUGGAGCUGUACAGACUGGUGGAGGUGCAGUGGGAGAAGGACCUGGCCCACAGCCUGCCCCCCCGGCCCCCCAGCCCCGUCACAGACCCCGCUGCAGACAGCAGCCACUACCUGGAUGACCAGUACUGGCCCACAGAGCUGAUGGUGAGCAGCCUGUGAUGGGGGACAGCAUCUCCUCCUGGUGCCUUCAGCUGUUCAAGGUGGAGGUGACUGCUGACCUCCUCCUCUGGGGCUGGUGCCCAGCACUGCUCUGCUCAGGGAUGGAGACGUGGUGACACCUGGACACAAGCAGUCUCCCAAAAAUGCUGUCUGCAGCCUUGAGCUGUCACACAGAAAUAAGGGCCGUACUGUGCUGUGUUCAUCUGUCACUUGGGGAUGAGCAGGGUCCUGUGUCAGCCUGGAGGAGCCUCUGUGGGCAUGUAAUGGGGGCUACCAACACCCUCCAUGCCUUCUGUGGGGUUGUCCUCCCAGACAGCAAGGAGCAGGUUUUCCUGUGCAGGGCCUGAGGUGUAUUGCUGAAGUCCAAGGGCUGAAAACCAUCUGGACCAGUAAACAACCAGUUUGCUGCUCACUUUCUUUCAUAGAAAUAUGCUGAGUUGGAAGGUAUCCAUCCUGAUUGUUAAGUCUGACACCUGGCCCUGCACAGGAUGCCCAAAGAAUCCCAUCAUGUGCCUGAGAGCUUUGUCCAAACACUCCUUGAACUCAGACACGCUUGGUGCUGAGAUCACUUCCCUGGGGAGCCUGUUCCAGUGCUCGGCUCCAGCUGUGUGCUGAAUAUUUUGUCCAGAACGAUACUCUGAUACUGUUACCAAAAGCUUUGCUUAAGUCCAAAAAGAUUUCAUCACCUGGUGUCCCUUGAUUAGCUAGGUGGAAGCCCUGUUGUAGAAGGAAAUCGGGUUCAGCGAGCAGGGCUCUGCCCUGAUGAAGCCGUGCUGGCUGUGACCACUGACUGCAUUGUGCUCCAGGUGGUUUUCAAUACCUCCCAGAAAAUACUUCCCAUCAUUUUACCUGUCAGAGAAGUGAGACUGACAGUAUGUAGUUUCCAGUGUCCUUGCCCUUCAAAACUGGGGCAACAUUUGCCAGCUUUCAGUCAGCUGGGACCUCUCUGAAUUCCUAAGACUGCUCAAAAAUAGUUGAACAGCUCUGUAAUGACAUCAGCAGCGCUUUGAGGAUUCUUGGAUGAAUCCCAUCAGGCCCCAUAGAUUUAUAGGGAUCCAACUGCACAAUGAAGUUCAAGAGGAAAGUCUGGGUCUAAUCAAUGUCCAGCUUGGACAAGAGCGUAGAAUGCACUUCAUUUAAAAUAAAUUAUUCACAUAAUUGUCCAAUUCUGAAUUAAAAACUGUUCUGGCUAAA